UAUCACCUUUCACCGCUAUCAUCACGCUCGUUUUCUCUCCAUCACGACCUCGUCAUUCUCGGCCAUCUUCUCUUCAUUAGCCUGCCUUUGACCGGUACCAGUCAACUUUACGAAUCAACACGAAUAACGAGGACAGUAAGGACUCUCCAAGAUGACGCUCUCCAACAGGGAGAACCAUCACGUCCACCAAAAGCUUGUUAAGCGGUUCAACAAGAGCCUCGAGGUCGAUACGGACAGUCUGGCCAAGAGACAGGCUCAAGCGACCGAAACGCAUUCACAGCGCGUCGUCGUGGUGACUCGCAUCGUCGGUACGACCGUCGUCACCGGAACUCCGCCUGGGCCGAGCUCGAACGGGAACGCGGUCUCUACUUCUGUCCAGGUCGUGACGCCGUCGCCUACUUCUCAGGCGCCUGUACCCACUACCAGUGAACAGCCAACCUCUUCGUCUACUCCUCCAGCCUCGACCUCUUCUAUACCUACUCCUUCGCCCGAUCCCACCCCAACCCCAAGCACCAGCUCGGUUAGAGAGGUCGUCUCGGACACCCGUUCCGUCCCUUCCUUGCUGAUCGGCUCUACCCGAAUCACCGCGAGUACUCGAUCCAGCAGCACCUCGGCGCGUAGCAGCUCGGUCGCGAUCUCAUCUUCGUCCGCUUCUUCUGCAGCCGCAGCGGUGGUGGUCAGCAGUCCGGCGAGCUCCGCUAGUGUAAACGUGAAUGCUGCUGGGAACACCAAGGGGGAUGAUGGGAAGGAAGAAUCUAGCGGCAUGUCGACGGGUGGAAUCGUGGGAAUCGUCGCAGGCGUGUUGCUGGGCAUAGCAGCGCUCUUGCUAAUCGCCGGUGCUCUUUGGAAACGCAAGAACCGUAAACAAGCCGCUCGACCGUAUUCGACCAUGGCGCCCUUCGGGGGCGGCGAAAAAGAACGCCAAAGGUACCGCGAUUCCAGCUUGCCUAUCAACGGCAAGCGGGAGGACGGGGACUUUGGCAACGUCAACACUUACGAUCCGUUUGGUUACCCACCUGGCUCGGGUGAAAAGCCUUCGAGGAGACCUGACACGGUCUUCAGUCAGACUGGCAAUUUCGCCGGGGUCGGGAGGAGCAACUUUGUCAUUGCCGAAGGUUACGAUGACCAGGACGCGCAGUACGUCUCGCAGGGCCAAUUGAGGGAAAUCGGAGGCGCCGGGACAAGGGAUUUGACGGGUGCUGGGGCGUACGGUCGAUACACGGACGUCACACCCCCCUCUCACCACUCGCCCAUGUUUGGUAGCGAGUCGGCGUACCCGAUCCAGCACGCAUACUACCAGGACGGUCUUAGCUCGCACGGCCAUGGCGGGUACUCGGAGGAUGGUAGGCAUACGCCGACCGACUAUUACGGUCAGGCCAUGUCCCCGUCCGGAGUCGCCGUCGCGGAAGAGUUUGCCGAUUUCCCGGCUCACAUGUACGAGGCGAGUCAAUCGACUGCUGGCAAGGCCCCAAUUCAGGGAGGAUGGCAGGCUUCGGCUGGAGUUGCUGGUGCAGGUGCUGCAGGCGGGUUGAUGGUCGCUACAGGACUCGGCCUAGCCAACACCCGCUCCCUCAGUCCCGUCGAGCGCGCUGGAAAGAACGAAAACGAUGUUUACGCUCAGCAACACGCUGGUCGCGUUCAGCUCCAGGAUCCUCAAGGUGCACCCUCCAUGCCCCAACUCCCUCCUCUCUCGCUGGACAGCGUCAGCUCGCCUUUGUACAGCGGAUUUUCGGAUCCGGGCAAUGCCAGCAGACGUAACAGUGCGACGCAGGAAGUCGAGAUGAGCGGCGCCAAUCUGCAUCGCAAGUCUUCCUCUGCUCAGCCCACUGCCCUCAUGUACGGAUCGAAAAAGACGGAAGAGGAAUUGAAGCGGGGUUACGCGGACCUUGCUCGAGCGGCCGAAAUCGACGCACCAAUCACUAAGAAGGAUAACGACCUGAUGCUCCCGCCGAUGAUGCCUGAGCGUUACGUCCAUGGAAGACCGCUCAGCCCUUUGUUCGAAGCAGAGUCUCCCGAACUCGGCGCGGCUACCACUCUGCAUGAUGAAAGGAACCCGUUCGCAAGCGGCGGGCCGAGGGCUAGCAACGGCGAUGCUAGGCCGGCCAUUACUGUCCGCCAAUCCAGUGACACUCGACCGGCCUCGGAAUUGCGUGCCAGUAACGGCAUCCCGUCGGCCAAGUUCCCACCCCCUUCGCCUGACAUGUCGCUGCCCGAAUCGCCUGCAUCGUAUGUGGCCAGUGGACCCGUCACUCCUCGUGUCCACAAUUACGGGGCCGAUGACAGCGUCAACUCGACCCCGGAAUACUCGUUCAAGGUUCACCCUCCCGGCGCCUCUGCUGUCAGCCUUGAAGCUUUCCCCACGACCCCUCAGCGACACCCGUUGGCAGUGUCCGGGGGCCCUUCCCCUGCCUCCAUUCAAAGCUCGUCGGGCCUCCCUCGUCCGCCACCCAUUGGAGCUAGCCGGCUCAGCACUGCAUCCAGCUUUAGCGAUGCUUACGACGGUAUAUAAACGAAUCAGCUCGCCUUGAUGGCUUGAGCGACCUUUUUCUCCAGUUUGAAACCUUUUUCCGUUCACGACCGUCAUGACGACCCCUUCUCCCUGCCUUGCACCAAUGUAUUUCUUUAUUCUAAUGAUGCUACAACUCGGAUGCACAAAACAGCGGGUCUAUCAUGACCCAGGUCUACAAUGCUCAGUAUCGAUCGCGGAAUUGCCCCACCAGACCGCCGCACCAGAUCCUGGAACGACAAUCGAGAACAACAUGUACGUUGUCAAGGCUUGUAAGGAAGUGGCCGAAUCUAGGGCCGCACUGAUCACGUAGAUGAAGUUCGCGUAGAAUCGAGGAUAUCGCUUGCGUAACCAGACGUUGGCCGACCAGGCCACACAGAAAGAUGUUAGGAUAAUGUUGGCAGGCUU